AUGUCUGACAAAAGUGACUUAAAAGCUGAGCUAGAGCGCAAAAAACAGCGCUUGGCACAGAUAAGAGAAGAGAAGAAAAGGAAGGAAGAGGAGAGGAAAAAAAAAGAGGCUGAUAUGCAGCAGAAGAAAGAACCUGUUCAGGACGACACAGACCUGGAUCGCAAGCGCCGAGAGACCGAGGCUUUGCUGCAGAGCAUCGGCAUUUCCCCGGAGCCCCCUCUAGUCCCAACCCCUAUGUCUCCCUCCUCGAAAUCAGUGAGCACUCCCAGUGAAGCUGGAAGCCAAGACUCAGGUGACCUGGGACCCAUAACAAGGCGGAGACUACACAAACUGGGAGUGUCGAAGGUUACCCAGGUGGACUUCCUGCCCAGGGAAGUAGUGUCCUACUCCAAGGAGACCCAGACUCCUCUGGCUACACAUCAGUCUGAAGAGGAUGAAGAUGAUGAGGAAAUGGUGGAACCUAAAAUUGGCCAUGAUUCAGAACUGGAAAAUGGAGACAAAAAACAGGAAGUGAAGGAAGCCCCUCCAAGGGAGCUGACAGAAGAAGAGAAACAGCAGAUCCUUCAUUCAGAGGAAUUUCUCAUCUUUUUUGAUCGGACCAUCCGAGUCAUUGAAAGAGCGCUGGCUGAAGACUCGGACAUCUUUUUUGACUAUAGUGGUCGAGAGUUAGAGGAAAAAGAUGGGGAUGUCCAGGCUGGAGCCAACCUUUCUUUCAAUCGUCAGUUCUAUGAUGAGCAUUGGUCCAAGCACCGAGUAGUCACCUGUAUGGACUGGUCUCUCCAGUACCCCGAGCUGAUGGUCGCUUCCUACAACAACAAUGAAGAUGCUCCCCAUGAACCAGAUGGAGUGGCCUUGGUUUGGAACAUGAAGUUCAAGAAAACCACACCAGAGUACGUCUUCCACUGUCAGUCCUCCGUGAUGUCAGUCUGCUUUGCUCGGUUCCAUCCCAACUUGGUGGUUGGUGGGACGUACUCGGGCCAGAUAGUCCUCUGGGAUAAUCGCAGUCAUCGGAGGACACCAGUGCAGCGGACACCCUUGUCUGCUGCUGCCCACACACAUCCCGUGUACUGUGUAAAUGUUGUUGGGACCCAGAAUGCUCAUAACCUCAUCACCGUCUCUACUGAUGGUAAAAUGUGUUCCUGGAGCCUGGAUAUGCUCUCGACGCCACAGGAGAGCAUGGAGCUGGUGUACAAUAAGUCCAAGCCUGUGGCUGUUACCGGAAUGGCUUUCCCGACGGGAGACGUCAAUAACUUUGUGGUUGGCAGCGAGGAGGGUACGGUCUACACAGCCUGUCGUCACGGAAGCAAAGCAGGUAUUGGGGAGGUCUUCGAAGGACACCAAGGGCCAGUGACGGGAAUUAACUGCCACAUGGCAGUGGGCCCCGUGGACUUUUCACACCUGUUUGUCACGUCAUCCUUUGACUGGACUGUCAAACUGUGGACCACGAAGCACAACAAGCCGCUCUACUCCUUUGAAGACAAUGCGGACUAUGUGUACGACGUCAUGUGGUCCCCCGUGCACCCCGCGCUCUUUGCCUGCGUGGACGGGAUGGGGCGCCUGGACCUCUGGAACCUCAACAACGACACCGAGGUUCCAACGGCGAGUGUGGCCAUUGAGGGGGCGUCUGCCCUGAACCGUGUUCGUUGGGCUCAGGCUGGCAGAGAGGUUGCCGUCGGGGAUUCCGAAGGGCGUAUUUGGAUCUACGAUGUUGGAGAGCUUGCGGUGCCCCACAACGAUGAAUGGACCCGAUUUGCCAGGACCCUCGUGGAGAUCCGUGCUAACAGAGCUGACAGCGAGGAGGAAGGCGCUGUGGAGCUGGCUGCCUAG